AUGGAAGACGCCAACGAUAUAAUAAAAGAAAUUAUAUACAGGUCCGCAGAUGAGUGUAACUAUAACAAUGAGGAGCUGAAUUUCCCGACCAUCAUGAAACAGUAUUAUGACGUGACGCGCAAGUACAGUACCACGAAGGAGCUCUCGGGGGAGAUCCUUAACAAGCUAAUCAUUAUCUGUAAAAACAUAAUUCACGAUAAUGUCCCUUGUGAGUACCCCCCGAGGGUGCACGAGGAGGUGCACGACUAUGGGGAGGAGGUCGAUGACGAUGCCGAGGAGGGACAAGACAUGCAAGACAUGGCGCUAGAGGAUAGCAGCCCCCUCAGCAUGCAGGAUGUCUUUUCCGCUUCGCAAAACGUGUUCCAUUACAAACAUUAUGAACAGUGCCAACCGUACGGCUGCUUGCCCCCGCAGGAGGAAUCCGUCGAGGUGUGCCGCGUGCGGCCCCGGCGCGAGCCCGCCUCGCGUGAGCAGUGCUUCCCCUACGCGCCCCUCAAAAUGACCAACCUGAGGAGGAAGGGGCCCGCGGAGGAAACCACACGCAUAUGCGAACUCACUUCACCGAGAAAGUUGAGCAUCGUGCCGCUGAAGAGUAACACAACGAAGGGAAAAACAAGCAAGGGUGGAACGGCGCAGAGCAGAACAAUGCAGAGCAGAACAACGCAGAACAAACUCAAGGGCAAGCCCAUGAACAAUGUGAUGAGCCUGUGCAACGUGGACGCGAGGAGCAACACCGACCCGAAGCAAAACGAAAAGUCAUUCAUGCACAAGAAUAACCGAAAUUUGUUAAAAAUUUAUUUAAAUGGAGAAUUAUUGUGUAACUUGUACGACAAGCUUUGCAAGAAGGUCGGGUGGGGGAUCGGCAGUGGUCACAUGGAAAAGACAACGAGUGUUCAGAAGAAGGUGAAAUUAUACAAUGAGGGGAAUGUGUUUUUUACAUUUAAGACGCUGAAGAAGUUUCAAAGACACUGGGUAUGUUACGCAAGGAAGAAGAAGGAGUUAAGGAACAGAGCCGCCAAGCAUUACAAAAUGUACAGCAGAAAAAUACUCGCCAAAUUUUACGACCUAUGGUUAUAUCGACAUGAAAAAAAAAUUUAUAUAAAAGGAAUAUUUGAAAAAAUGGUAGAAAAGAGGAAUAAGAAUCUUGUGCGAAAACAGUACAAUAUAUGGAGGUGCAAAUAUAAAAGAAAAAAAAAAAAAAAUUUUAUUUACCUUGUUCAUAUCUUUAGUGAAUGGAGAACGUAUGCAGAGAAGGAGAGGACUUUGCAGAGGACAAAGCAAAAAUUGGAAAAAAAAAAAAAAAAAGAAAAAUUCUUAAUUUGGAAAGAACGAUACAAAAAAAAAUUAAUAAAAAAAAAAAAAAAUGAACAAAUACAAAAUGUCUACAAUAAAAAUUUAGUGAUCAAGUGCUACGUGCAUUUUUCUUUGUACCAUAAGAAGAGAAAGAAGGAAAGACAAUCCUUCCAUCUGGUUAGUCUUCAUACAAAGGAGAAGUCAUGCCAACUGUACUUCUCCCUCCUGGUGAGUCGAUACAAAGAAGAAAUAUAUUUUAAGAAUUACUAUUCGAGGUAUAUUAAAAAGGUAAAGAAAUCCCAUUUGAACAAGUUUUUUACAAUCUUCAAAGUAUAUGUGCAAAGGAGGAAAAAUGUAAAAAGGACAUACACCUUUCUCACACGACAAAAUACUACAAGUACCCUCAGUGCAUAUUUUACGAAAUGGGUUUGUACCCUACAUGAGACGAGAAGAAUCAGGACCAUACUCAGCAAGCAUAUGGAAAAAAGGUGCUAUUCUCUGCAAAAAAAAUUUUUUCAAAUUUUUAAAAGACACAAAGAUAAAUCAUUUAGUCUGAAGAAGAGGUUUCUAAUCCUUUAUGAAAGAAGGAACCAACUGGAACUACUUCGUACGUUUCAGCAGUGGAAGAAACGUUACACCAUCCAUGCCACGCAGUAUAUCCUGUUGUAUAGUAAAUAUAAGUAUAAGCUAAUCAUUCGAUGCUUCACUCUGCUAAGAGGUUAUAAGAACUACAGGAAGAGGAGAAAGGAUUCAAUUGAACAGGUGCACAGCUACUUCCUUAACCGAGUGAAGAAGCGGAGUUUGUCCAGGUGGCUGGAAUAUGUGCGAGUCUACAGGAAGGACAUUCUUCAUUAUUACCAUUUUAAUGACCAAGGGAAUUUCUUUGUCCUAUUUAUGUUGAAGGCUCUGCUGCAGUGUCGCUUGCUCUCUUCAGAAGGCAACGGGAAAACCCUUCUCGACGUUGUGAAUUUUUCAAACAUAAAUUUUAACCUCAAUAAUUUUGUCUUCAUUCAUAAGAAGUACCUGGUGGGGAAGGGGCUCCUGCCGAAUGUGGGUACUCUGUACGACAACGCUAUGUUCGUUUACAGGUCCCUGAACAUCAUUUCCUCCUUCGUCCCCGUGCCCUUCGCCAUCAGUCUGCGCAAGCUGCGCCACAACUUGCCCUACCUAUGCUUCGCGCUCAAGAUGGCAAUUUAUAAACGUGUCGUGGACACCUGGCGAAACGAAUGUAUGCGCGUCAAGCGGUUCAGGGCGGAGUGCAGAAUGACGCUCCAAAGGGCCUGUCUCUCCCGUUUGAGGGGUCUCGUGAAGAAAAAGAAAGCCCUCCAGGAGGCGAAGAAAAAGUAUGACCAGGAAAGGAAGGUUCAGGUGAAAAAUAAAAUUUUUUCCACCUGGUUGUCCCUCCGAAUGAAAUACUACACCUUCCGCAAAAAGUUUCAAAGUUAUGGCCUACGAAAUAGAGAAAAAAAAAUGAAAAAAAUUAUACAAGGCUGGAUCAGUAUAAGCAGGGAAAAGAGGGACAAAAAAAAAAAAAUUUUGUUCUUCUUCAAGUCGGUACUGAUGAGAAAGAAGAAAAAGGUGUUCAACUGUCUAGUGCAACAUGUACACAAAAGGAGGAAAAAAAAAGUUAAGGAAAAAAUAGCUAAGCUUUACUACAUGCGAAAGUACAAGAGCAGGGCUUUCAAGGCUCUCUUCAUGUACUCCAAGAACCUUCUUUUCUUUAAUGCACUGAAUACAAUUGCACAGUCGUACUUAAAGCAGAUGUGCGUUCGAAGGUGGCGGCACCUAACGAGGGCAUUCCUAGACAGACGCCAGGAAAUGAGGGCCGCGCUCAGCCAACUGGAAUUGAAAGUGAAGCGUCGCUUUUUCAACAUCUUCUUUAUCUACGUGCGGUUGCGGCAUAUAAGGCGCAGGAAGAUCGCCCACCUGAAGCGCGUGCAGGCGAAACUCCUCGCCAAGAAGUUCCUCAAGCAGUGGAAGAGCUACGUCCAAAUGAGGAGAAACAAGCAGGCGUUUCUCUCCAACAUGAUAAACCUCUUCAGCAGGAAGAAGAAGCUCAAGGUCAUUAGCAAGUGGUACACGCGCUUCAUACUGAAUAUGCGGUUAAAGGAGACGGAGAAAAUUUUGUCGAGGAAGGUGUGCCUGGUUUACUUCUCCGGUCUGUUGCUCUACAGUGAGAAGAUGAAGCGGGUGGAGCUUUUCCUGAGGAGCCGCACCAACGUGGUGACAUGCCAGAGGAUGCUAAAGAAAUGGAGGCAACAAUCUAAACUCGAGAUAAAAAAAAAAAAAAUAAUUGAAAAGAGACUAGCAGCGACAAAGUGCAAGUACUACAGAGAGUGGAAGAAAAAGUACCAAAAAGUAAGAGGGAAAAAAAAAGAGGAAAUUAAAAUACAAUCAAUUAGGCAUAUAAGAAAUAUGAACAUGCUACGAAAGGUGACCUAUUUUUGGAGGAGGAAAUGUGAACAGUCUAGCCAUAUUAAACGUCUUAUCCAUGCAACAAACACUUAUGUAAUUAGAAAAUGCAAAAGGGAAGCGUUUGUCGCUGUGUACAGAUGUAGCUUCUACUACGUGAACAUUCAAGUGACGCUUACCAACUUUUUAGUAGAAAAAAAAGACAAAAUGAAAAAAAAAAUUUGGGAUAUUUUAAAACGUAAUUGGAGUAACCGAGUUAGGAAUAGAAAGGCCACACACUUCUUGUGUUCCAUGUUAAAAUGUAGAGCUUUUUCAGCUUUACAGUUACAUCGUCAGAGACAAAGUGCCUUAAGGAAGGGGUACCAGCUGGUCACUCUUAACAGGAAAAGAAAGUACUUCAACGCUAUGCUUCACUUUUUUGAAUUUAUUAAAAGGGCCAAGUUUAGUUUUUAUUCCAUUAGGGUUAAUGGGGAGAGUAGAUUGCGGCGUCAUUUCUUCCUCGUCUGGAUGGCCUUCCUGACGAAACGCAAGCAAGAGAGGAAAAUCGCCCGCAUAAUACAAAGACAAAAGGCGAACAGAUUGAAAGGGGCUAUCUUUUUUCAAAUUAAGAGAAGACUCAACAGGAAGAGGUACCUCUUACUUCUUCUACACAGGAUGGAUGAGCUCAUAAGACUUAAGAUGUAUAAAAAGGGUGUUUAUAAAAUAAGAGCGUAUAGGAAAAUCAUGAUCAUACGUGAGAAAAUUUUAUCAAAGUUGCAAAAAGACAGACGUGAGAAAAUAAUGAGGACUGCUUUUAAAUCAUUGAAGGACAGACUAGCCAAAAGUAAAAAGACUCAAUUGGAAAAGGACUUAAUUAAUCGUUUCUACUCCAAAUUGUUAAAGAAAAAAUAUUUGCGUUUUAUGUGUCAACGGUCACACGAUUUGUUCUUAAGGAGGGAUGCAAUCCUGCUCAGAGCAGAUGCGAACCGCAUGUUGCAUUCUCGCAAGAGGCAUUUCCUGUCGUGGAAGGAUUUUGUGAACAGGAAGAGGCUCCACAAGGAGCUUUACAAUGCGGUGAAGCUACAGAAGAAAGCUCGUGUCUUCAUUACUCUCCUACAAGUGAGAGCUCAAAAUGGUUACAAUAAGGUCGCCUUAGUGCACAGGAUACACAUGCUGCUUUACCCCCCUAUGUAUACCCUGCCCGCAUAUGAGGAGAUCCUUGAUGGUGGGUGCGCCACCCUCACAGUGGACCCCAAAGGGACGAAUUGCAGCUGCAAGGGUGGAACGAUAGGCGACUAUCCCCGCAGAUACGAUGUGGGAGAUACACCCGAUUUCAAUUUCCCAUUAGAAGGAAGUGGAGGAAGUAACGGACGCAGCGAACGGGAACGGAAGGACAACAUCGGUGGUGACGUGAGCAUGGGAAAACGCCUAACUAGCUGGAACACACACAAACAAGUUAACACACUCAUUGCGAUGAACCGAAUGCAUAUACAGAUCGGACGAAGGGAAAAGAUAAACUACCCCUGUAGUGGGAAGGGACUGAAGAAAAAGAACAACCAUUUUUACACCUACGAAAAGGUAUGCUACUCUCUUAAAAACACUACCAUGAACAGACUAAUCAUUUUGUACCUUCUCAUGUGGGACCUCCAGGACAUCCAUACCUUUUUCAAUCACUUCAAGAAGAAGUUUAAUUUUUUGUAUCACUUUUUUUUUAAUUUCCUAUCCCUCAAAACGAAGAAGUUGCUAUUGAAGAUUUUCAAAAGCAAUAAGAGUGUCAAUUUUUACCAAGCUGUUAGUAGGAAGGAUGCUGAUUUGAAUACCAAUUUUAAACUGUUGCUGCUGAUUUACUACCUGCUGGGGGGGUCUAUUUCCCCUGGGGGUGGUUCACACGAAAGCAGGGCUCUCCAGAUUUUCGCCGAGACGCGCGCCUUCCUCGGAGGGGACCAGAAAAGGGUGGCAGCGGCCAAAUGGGCUAACUCAGCAAAAUCGGCUAAGUCAGCCAAAUAUUCAACCACUGCGAAUGAGAUGCACGCUGCCAACGAGAUGCGCGCUGCGAAUGAGGUACACACUGCAGACGAGGCGUGCGCCCGGGGGGGAGGCAGAUCCUCAACUCCAAGCAGCAGCGAGGGAGACACGUCCCUCUCUUCGCAGAGCUCGAGAAAUAGGGCCUUCUCCACGGGAACCAACACCGCCAUGAAACGCACCCCCCAGAUGAGGCGUCUAACGAGCGGCGCCCUGCAAAGGAACCUGCUUCAUUUUGUUAAAGUGUUACAGAGUGGCAUAGCAACCCGUUUUAAGGAAACCACCCUGAGUGUUCACUUCUCCUUAAUGUGCUGCAUAGGUAAAGACAAACUAGUUCAAGUGCACCUCUUCUUUAGCAGAUUGAAGAGGUCGACGCAGUGGUGGAAGCAUUACAGUCUAGUAAGGAGUCAACAUAAGAAGGAGGAUAACAAAAGAGUAGCCACCAUGGAAAAAAAAAAAAAAAAAGAACUUUUAGAAAAAUUUUUUGGCAUAUGGGUUCUAUCAUACAACUAUAAGGUAAAAGAAAUAAAAACAAAAAGGAAGCAAGUUUUGAAGAAGCACAUCCGAUUUUUGUUUUCCUACUGGCAUGGAUUAAUCAAAGUGGGGAACUACGACAAGGACAGAUUUGUUAAACUGAAGGAGCAAGUCGAGAGGAGGGUGAAGAAGGACUAUCUGGAAAAAUUUAUUUUUGUGCAUGUGGCGAAGAAGAGUGAGAAAAGGAAUUUUUCUAUUGUAAUGAAACACAGCAAUGAAAAAAGGAAAAAAACUUUCUUCUAUGUAUGGUUGUUACUGUACCGAUAUGAACAAAAAGGGUGUCUGGUACGCUCUCGUAUGCAAAGGAGAGUACUCAGAUGUCACUUUGACUCAUGGCUUGGCAUCUACGCGAAGAAGCAAAUAUAUAUGCUGUUCAUUCGCACACUUAAUGAACAUUUGUUCAGGAAGAUUUUCUCCUACGCCGUUCACAAAUUCAAGUACUACAAUUUUAUUAAGGGGAGAGCAGUGUCCACACUGAAGAGGUGUUUCCUCGUGCACUACAACCUUGUUAAGCGAAACACAACGAUUACAAAGUUGCAGCUAUACAUUUGUGCCUCGGUGCGAUUUACCCAAAUGAAGCAUCUGUUUGGACUCUGGAGUGACAAGUACAGGAAGAGAAAGAGAUGUAGAGAAAACUACUGCGUUGUUAUGAAAAAAAAAAAAAGAGUCUUUUUCCACAAGUGGGUAAAACACUUCCUAGACAAUACCAAACUACAUGAAGAGAAAAUAAAAAAAUGGAACUCCUCUUUUGUAAAGCGGUUCUUCGCAAAAUGGAUGUUAUAUCACCAUUACAAAAAGGUGAAGAAAAGGAGAAGAAAAAAUACCCUGCAAUUUUAUUUUCGUCAUUUGAGGAGAAGGUUUCUGGUGAACGUCUCACUUAGGGAAUACACUAGAAAGACACAACUCGGAGUGAAGAGAAAAAUGUUUUCCAUCUUGCAGGAGAAUAAAUUGGUGAGGGUUAACAAGAGAAGGAUUUAUAUAUACUGUGCGCAGUUCUGGGGGAAGACCCUCUUACGAAGGUACUACUCCCUGUGGCUGAAUCAUUACCGAACGCGUAAACGUGUGAGGAGUAUUGUGUGUAGGCUAACCUUCCUGAGGAAUACACACUUGCUGAGCGGCAGCCUCAAUGGGUGGCUACUUCACACACAAAGGAAGAAACAACUGCAGGAAAUUCACGACGUAAUAAUGUUUGAGAGGAAUAAGGUAGUACAAAUUGUAUUUAACAAGUGGAGGAGUUUAUACCAAUUUGCCACACGAAGGAGGCAGCGAUCCAUGCAAAAGUUUUUCCUCAUAUGGAUUCACAAUUUUAAAUUUUGUUCCUUCAUAAACCGAUUAAAUAUGUACGUAUGUAACAUUUACACGAAGAAUAUUUUCUGCUUCUACUUUGACUUGCGAAACAGGAGUGAAAAGUACAACCUCCUUGCAAGGGGAUCCUUUCCCUUUGUGAAAAAACAAAUAGGAUAUGCAUUGGCCUGCAGAACAGAGUUGUUAUCCUCCGCAUUUAAAGCACUCAAUAUGUAUGCUCUUCACUGCAAAGAGGUGAGAAUAAAAUUAGAGACCUUCACAAAAGGAAAGGAACGAAAAAUGAAAAAAAGUCAUUUUGCCCUAUUGCUAGCUUACAAAAAAAAAAAAAAAAAAAAAAUGAAUUUGCACAAUUUGCUUCUCAAGUACACAAUAGAAAGGAAGUUUCACAAAUGCAGAACAAUUUUCUUCAUUCUCACAAAUAUGUUUUUUUAUAACAAUCACUUGCGCUUAUGUGAAAAGACAAUUGAGUGCCGCAGACAGAGGAGGGCCUUGCUGGGGUGCUUAGACAAAUGGACUCGCUUUAAAAAUUACUCGAAAGAAAAUGAGUACCUUCAAAAUUUGAGUAAUGAUUUUUUAACAUAUAGAAGAAAAUCUGAAUUUAUAAUUUCUCUCAAGCACUUUUAUUUUGAACGCAAGUGGAUGAAUUAUUGUGAGUAUAAUUCACUCGUGUAUUAUAAGAGUGUACAAGAGAAGAUAGCAGCUCGCGUGAUUACCUACUGGCGUGAACAGUCCCUCCUUGCGCGCCGGUUGGCGGACAACGGUCACCAAUUCAGGGAAAGACAUAAUCGUAAUAUGGUGAAGAAAUUUUUCUUCCUCCUUAUCUUUUCCAUUAACAAAAUUAAAAUAGAAAAAAAAAAUUAUGACAUUGUUCGCUUUAAGAAGGAAAAAAUAAUUAAACACAAGAUUAUUAGCUUCAUGCGGAGUGCCACCUUAACCUGUUCAAACAGAUUGGACCUGAUUCAUAAAACGCUGAGGCAAAAAAGGGAGACAUACUUGAUUAGGACGUAUGGGCUGGCCUUCCUCCGACUCCUGAUCAAGAAGAAGAACCUCCGCAGAGCCCUAUUCCAUGUCCAACGGAGAAAUGACGCCGCCCUCACCAAAAAGUAUUUCUACUCUCUCAUUUUUAAAUACGUCACCAACGUCAACCACUACAAGUACUACUACUAUAAUAAGUACCUGUCUCUUUGGAAGUACUACGUGGUGAUGGGCGGCACGAGACAGCAGCAGUCACACGGGGGAAACGCACACGGGGGGGAUCCCCACGAUGAGCUGUUCGAUGAGAACCCCUCCGACGAUAGCAAAUCGGACGACUCCUCCGAAUACACCCUGACGUCUGCACUGGGCCUGCGCAAGGGAGACACGAAGGGGGGGAAAGGAGACCCCCAAGAAUAUGCCGACCUGGGAUCCAUUAACAGCUCCAUAGCGUCCUCCGAAACGAAGGAGGAAAGCAACACGUCGGACGUUGCUGCAGUGGAAGGAGCGAAGUUGUGA